AUGAACGCCCGUGUAGCUCGGGCCCGGUGGGCCUGGGCCUCCUGGGGCCGCCGCGCCGCCUCGAGCCUCCGGGAGCCGCCGCCGGACGCCGUGGACGUAGCGGAGCUGCUGCGGGACUCCAGCGUGGCCGAGGAGGGAGUCCAGGAGGCGGUGGCGCGGCGGCCGCCCUCGCGCUGCUCCGUGCUGCUCUUCCCGGGCCAGGGCUGCCAGGCGGUCGGCAUGGGUGGCGGCCUGCUCCGCUUCCCGCGUGUGCGGCAGCUCUAUGAGGCCGCGCACCGGAUACUAGGCUACGACCUGCUGGAACUGUGCCUGCGGGGGCCUCAGGAGGACCUGGACCGCACAGUGCAUUGCCAGCCCGCCGUCUUUGUGGCUUCGCUGGCCGCCGUGGAGAAGCUACAUCACCUGCAGCCGGCGGUCAUUGAGAACUGUGUUGCUGCGGCUGGCUUCAGCGUGGGAGAGUUUGCAGCCCUUGUGUUUGCUGGAGCCAUGGAGUUUGCUGAAGGUCUGUAUGCAGUGAAGGUCCGAGCCGAAGCGAUGCAAGAAGCAUCAGAAGCUGUUCCCAGUGGGAUGCUGUCUGUCCUCGGCCAGCGUCAGUCCAACUUCUCCUUUGCCUGCUUGGAAGCCCAGGAGCACUGCAAGUCUUUGGGCAUAGAGAACCCGGUGUGUCAGGUGUCCAACUACCUCUUUCCUGACUGCAGGGUCAUCUCAGGACACCUAGAGGCCCUUCAAUUUCUCCGGAAGAAUUCUGCUAAGUAUUACUUCAGGCGCACCAAGAUGCUGCCUGUAAGUGGAGGUUUCCAUACCUGCCUCAUGGAGCCAGCUGUGGACCCCCUGAUGAAAGUUCUAGGCACAAUUAACAUCAAGAAGCCACUGGUUGCUGUCCAUUCCAACGUCAGUGGGCAAAGAUACACACAUCCACAAUACAUCCGAAAGCUGCUGGGGCAGCAGGUGGUGUCGCCAGUGAAGUGGGAACAGACCAUGCACUCUAUCUACGAGCGGAAGAAAGGCAUGGAGUUCCCCAGCACCUUUGAGGUGGGCCCCGGGCAGCAGCUGGGAAGUAUCCUGAAGUGCUGCAACAGGCAGGCCUGGAAGUCCUACAGCCAUGUGGACGUGAUGCAGACCGUCAUGGACCCUGACCACUGAGGACCUCGAGUGGCGUGGCCCCAGGGCGAGCCUCUGCGCCUGCCUGCCUCUUUUCCUCAGACUUAAGGACAAUGGACACUGCAGUCUCAGCUGUGGCUAAGCCUUCCUCAGAGCAUAGCCUUUGAGUGCCAAUGUGUGACUUAGCCUAUCCUCCGACUGACAGGGUAUCUGGCUGCUGGGGGAAAGAGCACCGUGCAGACUACCUCAGCCAGAAUGCUGCUCUGCGUCUGCACUCAACCAUGUUCCUCAGUGAAUCCAGAAGGGCUAGCCUGGGGCAGUCUUAGACUUAUCCUGUGGGUGUUAUGGACACACUGCUUGGCUUCAAGCCAGGUAUGGUGCCAGAGGAGCUUCUCAGCCGCCUGUGACACACUGCCCUCCCAGGGCCAACAUCUUAGCUCCUUUGGCCUUGAGUCUGUCUGGUGGCCUUGUUCUUUGUUCACUUGACCAGUGGGAGAUCGAGUCCAUAUGCCAUAUGUUCCUGAGAAGCACAUACUAAGUGCCUAUGUACGCCCUAGAGUGGGUCAUCCUUUGUAUAAGAAACUAGGAGACCGGUGAAGGGGUGGGGUGUGUCUAGGCAGGAAGGAUGGCUGGGCACUCUGACCUUCCUAGGCCAGCCCCUGUUCAUUCACACAGAGACACUACCACCAGCAAGUCUUCCAUGGACAGUGUGUCCCAUACUGUGUCUAUGGCUUCCCUCAGACUCUCCACAGCAGGAGUGUAGCGAAGGUCCUGGGAAGACACAUAAUACACAUGAGCCAUUCUAAGCUGCCA